AUGCAGGGAGGUGUCGAGGAGGCCAUCCGGCUUAUUGUCAAGGUUCCAAUGGGCACUUUGUUGCAAGACACUGAACCUGCAUUGAUGCGGGAAUUUGUCUCCCUCAAGUCUGCUCGAGAAACCACCAUCCUCCCAACGGCAGAGGUCCAACUAUUUCAGCGUACGUGUGAUGAGUAUCUACGAAACUCUCGUGGCUCUGACCUUCCCCAGAAAUUGGCAAAUCCACAAAAAGCUCUGUUAACUAGGCUGAGGAUCUGGCACGCUGCCUUUGCAGCUUUGGGAUCCCAAGAGGAAAGAUAUGGGAUGGCAAUGAGCGCCGCUCAAGGAACCACAAAUUCUACGACACCAGAAUUGACGGACGCCUAUCAUCUUCGCAUGAGACCCUCCGAGCGCCAACUCCCCGGCAACGCGGCUCUUGGUCCACUUGACUCCGUCGCUGCCAGGUAUGGUCGAGCUCCAUGA